AUGUCCGUCCCAACUACCCAAAAAGCUGUUAUCUUCGAGACCAACGGUGGUCCAUUGCAGUACAAAGACAUUGCCGUGCCAACCCCAAAGCCAACUGAGUUGUUGAUCAACGUCAAGUACUCGGGUGUUUGUCACACCGACUUGCACGCCUGGAAGGGUGACUGGCCAUUGCCAACCAAGUUGCCAUUGGUUGGUGGUCACGAAGGUGCUGGUGUUGUGGUUGCCAUGGGCGAGAACGUUAGAGGUUGGGAAAUUGGCGAUCUUGCUGGUAUCAAGUGGUUGAACUCUUCUUGUAACUCUUGUGAGUUCUGCCAGACCACCAACGAGUCCAAUUGUGCUGCUGCUGACUUGUCUGGUUACACCCACGAUGGUUCAUUCCAGCAAUACGCUACUGCUGAUGCCAUCCAUGCUGCUCGUCUUCCAAAGGGCACCGACUUGGCCACUGCUGCUCCUAUCUUGUGUGCUGGUAUCACUGUCUACAAGGCAUUGAAGACUGCUAACUUGAAGGCCGGCCAAUGGGUCGCCAUUUCUGGUGCCGCUGGUGGUUUGGGCUCUUUGGCUAUUCAGUACGCCAAGGCUAUGGGUUACAGAGUCUUGGGUAUCGACGGUGGUGAAGGAAAAGAGGACUUUGCCAAGGGUUUGGGCGCCGAGGCUUUUGUCGACUUUACCAAGGUCAAGGACGUUCCCGCCGAAGUGGUCAAGAUCACCAACGGCGGUCCCCAUGGUGUUAUCAACGUUUCCGUUUCAGAGGCUGCUAUGCAACAGUCCGUUGAGUACGUGAGAUCCACUGGUACCGUUGUUCUUGUUGGUUUGCCAGCAGGAGCUAAGGUUGCAGCCUCUGUGUUCGACUCUGUCGUGAAGUCCGUCAGCAUUAAGGGCUCCUACGUUGGUAACAGAGCUGACUCUGCUGAGGCAAUCGACUUCUUCUCCAGAGGUUUGAUCAAGUGCCCAAUCAAGAUCGUGGGCUUGUCUGAGUUGCCAAGCGUCUACGAGUUGAUGAAGGACGGUAAGAUCUUGGGUAGGUACGUGGUUGACACCUCGAAGUAA